AUGGCGGAGCUUGCACUUAAUUGCAUGGGAUUUCCACAAGAACUCAGGCCAAAUAUGGAACAGGUGCUAGAUAUCCUCAAUGGCAAGAGACUAGAGAGAUAUAAAACAAUAGAAGGCAGGGUUUCCUAUAGAAGUGAUGUAUAUAGCUUUGGAGUGGUCUUGUUUGAGUUCAUAUCAUCUAAACCUGCAUUUUGGAGGGAAGUCCCACACGGUGAGGCGGUUGGCUUUGCUAAGUUUGCAAUAAUCAAACUGUUAAAUAACACAUUGAAGGAGCUAGUAGAUCCAGAUAUUGGGUAUGAUUCAGAUAAAGAUGUACCGGAAAUGGUAACAGCAGUGGCAGAGUUGGCCUUUCAGUGCAUUCAGUGUCCUAAAGAGCUUAGACCUUCCAUGAAACAGGUGCUGGAGACCCUUGAGGGUAUAAAGAAGGGAACAUGGGGAUUCAACCAGAUAAUUUAG